AUGGACGCACCGACGCUCAGGGACGCUCUCAGAGCAUCGGUUUGCUGCUGUGGCCGACGCAGGCGACGGAGACGUGAGGCUGCAGCUGCCUCGAGCGCCCAUCAGCCUGGUGAGGAACGACCCGACCAGGAGACGCCCGAGAGUCUCCUAGCAAGCUACAGAGCCUACACAGGCCAAUCAGCCGCCGAGGAAGACGCCAUCUCGCUCCAUUCACACGUAGGCAGUGUCUACAAGCCGCAGAACGAUCUCGAAUCUGCUUGGCUCACCCGGUUGACGAGCUAUUUCAGCCGGAAGCAGCCCAUACGGCUGCCAGAUGAGGAGGAUCAUGAUCACACCUUGCCGAGCAGAGGGUCCGAAGAGGAUGAUCCACCCAUCUUGACGUACGAGCAAGCCAUGGCUGCCCAACAGACACUCGCGUCGACCUCCUCGGCUUCUAGCGACACGCAGUCAGACCAUCUCACACCCACUAGACGGUCUUCUCGUCGCUCUCGCCGUGCUUCCUCGGCUCGCAUCGAUGAGACAGCGGGCAGCCCUCUCGGCUCGCCCGGCACACCGCGCAGACGAUCUCGCAGGCGGACUAGCCCGGCUUCGGCGACCACCUCGACAGACUCGGUGGGCACCUCAGAGCCAGUAGAACACGAGUUCGCACAGCCAGAAGAGGACCACGUCCUCACUCCCGAGUUCUGGCAAGAUCCUGCCACCGGUGUCCUCUAUCGCCUCGAGCACGUUCAGCCAGAGGAAAGCGAGGCAGACCCACUCGAACAGCAUCCGUUAGCGCACGGUACGAUCGGUCUCUGUCAAGUUGUCACGACUUCAAUGUAG